GCGCGGCGACUGCCUGCAGAAGGUUGACCGCGUGGUAGGGAGCCCAGAGCAAGCCGAAGGCAAGCACGAUGGCGCUCACCAGCCGGCCCACCCGUGCUCCAUGCCGCCCUGAGCCCCAGCGGGCGCCCCGCAGCCGCGCCAGCGUCACGCUGUAGCAGCCAAGCAUCAGCCCGAAAGGAAGCACGAAGGCGGUCAGAGUCUCCAGGGUCAGGUGGGCGGCGGCGUGGGCCGGCGACGGGUGGCACAGCUGGCAUACGCGGUCCCUCCACAGGUGGCGGUAGAUGGCGGCCGGAACGGCGAGCAAGAGGGCGGCCAGCCAGACGGCCAGCAGCAGGCGGCGGGCCAGGGCCGGGCUGCGCAGCCUGGGCGCCAGGAAGGGGCGGGUAACCGCGAGGCAGCGCUGCAGGCUGAGCAGGCCGGUGAGCAACACGCUGGCGUACAUGCUGAGCGCGCACACGUAGUACACCGCCUUGCAGCCCGCCUGGCCCAGUGGCCAGGCUUGCCCAGUCAGGAAGGCCACAAAGAGCGGCGUGAGCAGCAGCACCGCGCCGUCGGCCAGCGCCAGAUGCAGCACAAGGGUGGCUGCCAGCGGUCGCCCCCGUGCAGGCCGCCAGCCCGCCAAGCUCCACACCACGAAGCCGUUGCCGGGCAGCCCCAGCAGCGCCGCCAGGAGCAGGAAGACCGUGCCUGUGGCCCGCGAAGUCUUCCAGCUCAGCAGUGUCUCGUUCCCUGGGGGACGGUAGCAGACGGACAUCCUUCUGGGCCUACAGGACACAGAAAAAAAGUGGGGAAGCUGGGGGACCCUAUAAGGAUCCUGGGCAGGAAAGCAGGGAUUGUGUUCAUUUGAGGGUUUCACUGUCAGUGAGAGUCUCAGCUUCCAUGCAACUGUCCAUCAUGGCUGCAACUGAAAUCAGAGCUGGGACACAGUGCACCAGAAGCUAAAUUCUUGAUGCCAUCAAAGGACAUUCCUGCCCCAUUCACAUCUCCUUCACGUCCAUUAGUUGGCAAAAGCAGAAAGGUGAAAGAGAAGAUGACCUAAGUGUGACCGAACUCCACAGGCAGUUCUGGAAACCAAAGUCAGAGCAAUGAACCAGCCCCUCCUUUGACCAAGGAGGAAGGAGCAGCCCCAGCACAGGAGAGAACUACCCAGCCCAGAAGUUCCAGGGAAGGAACUCUCCCAUCCACCAUGGAGUACCUCUCAGCUCUGAACCCCAGUGACCUACUCAGGUCAGUAUCUAAUAAAAGCUCGGAGUUUGGACGGAGGGUCUGGACCUCAGCUUCACCACCCCAGCGACCUUUCCGUGUCUGUAAUCACAAGCGGACCAUCCGGAAAGGCCUGACAGCUGCCACCCGCCAGGAGCUGCUAGCCAAAGCAUUGGAGACCCUACUGCUGAAUGGAGUGCUAACCCUGGUGCUAGAGGAGGAUGGAACUGCAGUGGACAGUGAGGACUUCUUCCAGCUGCUGGAGGAUGACACGUGCCUGAUGGUGUUGGAGUCUGGUCAGAGCUGGAGCCCCGCAAGGAGUGGAGUGCUGUCAUAUGGCCUGGGACGGGAGAGGCCCAAGCACAGCAAGGACAUCGCCCGCAUCACCUUUGACGUGUACAAGCAAAACCCUCGAGACCUCUUUGGCAGCCUGAAUGUCAAAGCCACAUUCUACGGGCUCUACUCUAUGAGUUGUGACUUUCAAGGACUCGGCCCAAAGAAAGUACUCAGGGAGCUCCUUCGUUGGACCUCCACACUGCUGCAAGGCCUGGGCCAUAUGUUGCUGGGAAUUUCCUCCACCCUUCGUCAUGUAGUGGAGGGGGCUGAGCAGUGGCAGCAAAAGGGCCGCCUCCAUUCCUACUAAGAAGGGGCUCUGAGCUUCUGCCCCCAGAAUCAUUCCAAGAGACACACUGCAAAGACUAUGACAGCAUCAAAUUUCAGGACCUGCAGCUAGUACAGGCUAGAUAACUCACCCAAUUUCCCCAUUGUCCUCUGAUCCGCUUGUCAGAGAACCUUUCAGCAUAAUGCCUCACAUCCCAAGUUCUAUACCCUUACCUGAAAAAUGCUGUCCCUUCCUAGCCACCUUUCUGGCCUCCCACUUGCCCUGAAAGGCCACAAGCCUGCCCCCCAGGCAUCUUGAUCCCAGCCUGAUUGCUGCUACAUCUAACCCCUACCAAUGCCUCCUGUCCCUAAACUCCCCAGCACACUGAUGACAGCCCUCUGACUUUACCCUGAGAUGUCUUCAUAUCCUUCACCACAAAGUAACAAAAACAUUUCCAAUAAAAAUAUAAAAUAUUUACCACUA